CCCAGUUGUACUGUCAAAUAGGCUGAAAUCAUUUAAUUAAGAAGAAGCACCAGUACCUAACCUUACCACUUUUGAAUUUGCGAGGGGUAGUUUCUCUUCUAUCAUAAGGUCUAUGGUAUAAAACAGCCGAACGGGUCUACCUGGACAGGAUGGCGUUGUUAGAACCAAUACUAAGAACUUGCAAGGCAGAACGGUACAUCGAUAAUUUUCGCGAGUUUGGCAUCGAGCCUUAUGUUUUUAAAAUUCUCGGUCACGAAGACUUGUCGGCGAUCGGAAUCGAGGACGAGAACCUUCGCACCGAUAUUUUAAAUCAUUUCGCAAAUUUGCAAAUUCCCACCGAAAAAAAGCAGGAAAUUAAAAUUGAUUUGGAAUAUACCCUGAUCGUAUUGCAUUUAAUGUCGGUUCACCUUAACAAGCAUUUCGAAAUCCUUUCGAAUAUAUUAAAACAAGACGAGGUUGACUUGUGUCACAUCAGAAAUGGAGGUGCGGUUCGCUGUUUAGAAUCGUCUCUGCAUUCCUUAGAAGCCAAAAUUUUAGCACUAGAAUCGAAGAUGCUGACACCGUAUGACAACACGAUCAGCAAAAUGCGUAAAACAUUCCUGGUAGUGUCAACAUUUGGAAUUACUAUGUUGGUUCUUUUUGGUUGUGUAAAGUUUUUGCGAUGAUAACGCUUACAUAAUUUAAUUAUUAAUAAUUGUACGAAAAACGAAUAAACAUUUCUUUUGUUGAUUUAAAACUAUGCUCACCAAAAACAUCGUGCUGACAAUUAUGAUAAAAAAUUUUCACUACAGGAAACGCAAGGUCAUAAUUUGUGGUUAGGUUUUAAUGUACCUAAAGAAAUUUCGCUUCCUGUCAUUUCGCAUUGGGAUAUGGAUGAGUGACUAAGCAGUUUAGAAGUGUUUUUAAAUUGAUAAAAGUAUAAGCAAUCAUAACCAAUUUUAUAUGAAAAUAAAGUUGUAGUAAAUUUAAACUAACGUUGCA